CUUUUCUCCUCUGGGGCCUGUUGAUGUCCCCCAGCCCAGGAUGGCUGCUUUGCUCCCCUCCCUGUGCAUCUUCGCUCUCGCCGGGGGAUGCGUUCGUUGUUUCCUUGGUGGGUGCCUGCUCUCCCACAGCGGCUGUCAGCCCUUUUGGGGAUCAGCAGGACAGCGGAUUGGAGGGCCUCCUCCAGCCCCCAGGUUUUGUCAAGCGAACAGCAAGAUUUGCCUCUUCUACAAGCGCCAGGCAGGAUUUGGUCUCCUCCUGGUUGCAGAGUCACUGGGAUGUGCUUCUUGCGACUGGUUGAGAGGACCGGAGCUGCCACGCUGGAGUCCCAGCACCAGUCUGUGCUAGCCUGAGCCCUGCCGGGCUGGGGGAACGCUCGACGGCUGAGCUCCCCGCAACACCCCAAUGGAGGGGCCACGCAAAACCAUCCUCCACAAGCCACCUGCUUGCUGGCCCUUUGCACUGGCUGCAGUGGACUGCUAGGGACAGGGCUAUUCUGCAAGCACGGUGACGCCAUGUCCCCAGUUUGCUCCGGCUCAGCCUCCCUUGCUCCCGGUGCCCGGGGCGGUGAGCUUGAUGGCGGGAUCUUGUGAGAUCAGCAACAUCUUCUCCAACUACAUCAGUGCCAUGUACCAGCCAGACGAGGUGCAGCCAACCCUGGACAUGCUGGGACACCUUGGGGAUGACAGCGCCCUGGGGCUGAGCCUCCCCACCAGCCAGCCCCCAGCACAGACCACAGACAAGCCGGAGUGGUUCAGUGAGCUCCCAUACUUCUGGACCAAGGUGCAGGUGCUGGAGUGGAUCAGCUACCAUGUAGAGAAGAACAAGUAUGAUGCCAGCUCUAUCGACUUCUCCUGCUGCAACAUGGACGGGCAUGCGCUCUGCCACUGCACCAGGGACCAGAUGCGCCUCAUCUUUGGGCCACUUGGGGAUGAGCUCUAUGACCGCCUGCAUGAGAUCAGCAUCGCUAAUCCCAGUCCCUCCACGCCUGCAGCCUCCAAUGAGCUCAACUGGAUCAUUGACUUGCUGGAAAAAGAGGAUGUGACUUCUCAAGAAUUAUUCCUGAACUCCAGCCACUUGGAGCUGGGAAAUCCCAGAGACUCCCUGGAGGACAUGAAGCCCACAAACCCUUUCCUAUCCACAGACUUCACCUGCUUGCCCGGUGCCAUGUCCCCAGGCAGCUCUGAUGUCUCAGGGCCUGUGAUGUCCCACAGCCCCAACUCCCAGGACUCCGGUGGAAGUGACCUCGACCUCGACCCCACAGAAGCAAACCUCUUCCCUGAUGAUGGCUUCUCAGGGAAGAAGAAAGGGGACAGCAAACAUGGCAAGAGGAAACGGGGACGGCCCCGAAAACUAAGCAAGGAGAGCAGAGACUGCCUGGAGAGCCGAAAGAGCAAGCACUCCCCAAGAGGUACCCACCUGUGGGAGUUCAUCCGGGACAUCCUGAUCCACCCUGAGCUGAAUGAGGGGCUGAUGAAGUGGGAAGACCGGCAGGAGGGUGUAUUCAAGUUCCUGCGCUCAGAGGCAGUGGCUCAGCUCUGGGGCCAGAAGAAGAAAAACAGCAGCAUGACCUACGAGAAGCUGAGCCGAGCCAUGAGAUACUACUACAAGCGAGAGAUUCUGGAGAGAGUCGAUGGGCGACGGCUGGUGUACAAGUUUGGGAAGAACUCCAGCGGCUGGAAGGAAGAGGAGGUGCUCAACAGGAACAAGGAGCUGUAGGAGUCCUGGAUGAGCUGGGGUCUGACAAGCCCCUCGGGGCCAGCCCUGAGCUGCACUCCUCGUCAGGAAGCUUUGCCUGCAGCGGCAUCUGGAAGCUGCUGCCCUGUGCAGCGUGUGAAACUCCGAACCUUGCAUGGGCACACUCAUGCGCGCUGGUGGCUGCCAGCAAUGAGGUCUUCAAAGCUAAUAUUUUGGCUCCAGUAGGUUAUUGUAAACCACUAUUUCUCUUGCUGGUUUUGCACCUCUGACUGGAGUCGCAGUGACUGUGGCUGUUUCAAAGCUGGGACAAACACAAAGGGAAAUAACAGUCUGAGUAGCAGCUGGCACUGCAGUGAGAGCCCAGCAGUCUCUACUCUCACCUCCUGCCUGGGCUUCGGGGCAGCACCACCAUCUCACCUGUGAGCAGACAGACCUUGUCCCAGCGAUGGGGUCAUCCCCAAGCACUGCUUGCACCGUGCUGAAGGCAACCACCUUCCUGUUUGCUCCGCAUGGGAUGGGUGAGACCCUGCCUUUGCAGCAGCUACUCAGUGUGGCAUCUACUGGGAGGAGAUGGGAACAUUGUGGAGCCUCUUCUGGCCCUGGAGAGCCCUCAGGGGCAAGAGGACUCAAGACAGCAGGACCGUGUUGCAUUUCCAGCCCAGCUGCCUGUAUCUAGAAACAGGCCUUUCCCCAAAGUAGCUUCUAAUUUAUGUAAGAUCAAGAAUCAGCACAGAAUGAAUGUACAGAUGUAUUUUUUCAUGAGUGAGAAGUUCCCGUGUAAGAGUGUGCGUUGUAUGGCACACACGUGUCCUGUGGCAGCUGGUGAUACUCAGCUGGACUGAAGCAAUGUCACGGGGGCACAGGCUGGCUCUGUGCCAGCCACAGGAGAGGGGAUGCCAGCCCAGCCAGGCACCCAGCAGGUGCAUGUGGUUUCCUCCUUUUCAAAUGGGAACAUAACAGGAAUAAAUUGCUGUUUGGUUUU